AUGGCUUCUGAAAUCACUAAGUUGAUCUUCCUUUUCUUCCUCUGGUAUUCUCUGAUUUGUCUCGCUUCCUCUGUUCCUGAUGAUUAUUUCAUUUUGAACCAAGAUUUAGACAAGUUCAAUUCUGAGAAAGAAGUCUUACAAUUAUUCAAAGUCUGGAAGCAGAAGAGUGAACGAGAACACCAAAACCUACAAGAGGAGACAAGAAGAUUUCAAACUUUCCAAAACAAUUUGAAGCAUAUCAGACAGAGAAAUGCAGAAAGAAAGUUGUCCAGCGACUAUAGCUUGGGUUUGAACAAGUUUUCAGACGUGAGUUAUGAAGAGUUCAGCAAAAUCUACUUACAUGAGACGUCAGAGCCAAUAAUCGAAAGCAACAUGGUGGGAAAAAUGGUGUCGAACAAUGAGUCUUGUCCAAAUGCACCUUCUUCCUUGGAUUGGAGGUUGUCUGGAGCUGAGGGAAGCACUAUGGCGCAUUUCAAUAUGUCAUUGAAAAUGGUGGUAUUGCCUCAGAAAGAGACUCCAUAUUCAGCUAAUAAUAGUGGAUGCAAUUCCACAUUGGAACAAAAGAAAUUUGCUACUAUUGAUGGCUAUAAUUAUUGUUGGCAGACACCUAUAUCAGAAAAUUCUCUUUUUUGUUCUGUUGCCAAGCAACCUAUCAGCGUUUCCUUCUAUGCAAACCAAGAUUUCAUGUCAUACAAGAGUGGAAUCUUUGUUGGUGCUAAUUGCUCAAGCAUUGGUUCAAGUACACAUAAUCAUGCUGUAUUAAUAGUAGGAUAUGGUUCAUUGGGUGCUGGUCAAGAUUAUUGGAUCGUCAAAAACUCAUGGGGAGCCUCUUGGGGACAACGUGGUUACAUCUUCAUCAAAAGAAACACUGAUUCCACUCAAGGAGUGUGUGACAUAAAUUAUGCUGGUGCUUACCCAACCAAGCAAACAAACACAACUUUUAAAGGUUGA